AUGAGACUCGGAUUACUCGGAGUUCUCGUCGCCAUCGCCCACGCGGUCGAAGUAGGCCUGAUCUUCCCUCUGAACGAAACGUAUUCGCCGGCUGACUGGCUCCCCAUUGUCUUUGCAGUCCAGAGCCCGCAGGACGCCGAACUUCUCAACCUACGCAUCUCCUACAGCCUCCGCCACGGCAAUGACGCCAACAACUCCACCACUCCUUUAACCCACGAUCUGCGCUGGGCCAAUCUCUCCAGCAGUACAGACCCGAACGUUGCAUAUCACUAUCUCCCGACGCUCAGCAGCACGGGCUACUGGUCGGUGGACUGGUGGCUCCGCUGGGAAAGCUGCGAUGAGGAGGCGACAGCCAAGAACGACGGCCACGAGGGCGUCCUCCAGCACUACUACUCUUGGGCGCAAUCCUUCACUACCUCGGCACGAUCAAUGUGA